GAAUCGAAACUCGCCAUGGACUUGUAUUGAGUGAUUUUGAGCCAUUGCAACGAAAACGGUUUUCUGCCUUGGGUCUUGUGUGAAGUGUGUUUUACUGUGUGUGGUUUUUAUUUAGGAAAAGUGCAAAUUUGAGUGUUUUUGCUUAUUGUGUAAUAAUGGCAACGGCGUUCCUGCCGUCGCCCGCGUGAACGAAUAAGACUCUAGUGCAGUUAACCUCCCGGGCCCGCCGCCUCAAGCGUCACCCGACCACGAUGAAAAUGGUGUUGUCACAACGGCAACGAGAGGAGCUGUAAGUAACAUUCCCAUAAUAUUACACAUCAUUUGUUUAUUCGUUAUUGAUAGUAAAUUAACUAUACAUACAAAUAUAUAUAUAUAUAAUAUAUAACUAUUUUCAAAUUUUCUUUGGGUCUAAAUAUUGGUCGUGAUUGCCCUCUCUUAUUUAUUAUUCUCCCGUGGUGAUGGGGACUGCCUUUCAGAUUUUCGCUUCCACUUCGCUCUGUCCCAGACAUCAACUUCAGUUAAGUUUUGAACACAUCCGCCCAUUUCAUUUUCUGCCUGCCUAUUCUCGGGCCCAGAGACUAGGCCAGAGGCUCUGAUUCCGAUGUAGUUUGGAGAACGGAGCUUUAAGUGUGCAUAUUCACGCAACCUUCUUUCAUGGCAUUUUUCGGCGAUGUCAAGUCGUGAUUCCAAUAAUGAAAAUAUUACAAGUAUGCAUCUUACGCUUCCAGGUCACAUCAAUCAUGUACAAUAAGUAAAUAAGUCCCAAAAUAUGUCCGAUAGUGUAACGGCGAAACAGGGAGUCGUGUUCAUUUCCUGUUUUUACUCUGUCAAAUGUAACUUGUAGAACGACCACAGACUUGCAACUAUGAAACUGUAUUUCAUUCCAUAGGUACUCAUUAAAAGGUAGCAUCGCUCAUAAGGCAUCACGCUUUUUCAAGAGGUCAAAACAAAAUGUGUUAGCUUUUAAAUGCCGUCUUUACAAGUUUAAUAUAAAACUAGCGACCCGCACCGUAUUCGUACCGGUAUUCGUGGAUCUCGACAAUAGCGUCACCUGCCGGGUUCAAUUGUGAAUCUAAACCAUUCAUCGAAUUAACUUAAUCGCACACAUAAUUUUCAUCAAAAUCGGUCCAGCCGUUUAGGAGUUCAGUCACAUAUACACGGACAGAAGAAUUAUACAUAUAAAGAUAAUCAAGUAACCAUUUUACCUUUAAAUUUGGGACUUUCAUUAGCCGGUGCGUUAUCACAGGUCGCUUAACAGGCCGUCCUGCACCUCGCUCGACCUUUGAAAGUAACAGUGCUCUCGUAACGCCAUGUCGUUGACCCCGGUGUCGGCGCCUUCAUUCGCCACCGCCUUUGCCUUGCAACUUUCUUUAUGAAUCUAGAAAUCUCAUCGUCAUUAUACCUACGUUUAUUAAGCAAAACUGGCUAGCUCGCCACUGAUUACCAUUCGCAAAGAACUUAGCAAGAAGCGAGAUUGAACUGUUUACUUCUUGUCCAAGGUGUAUUAAUGUGCGAAUAAAUGUAUGGGUAAUGUAUUUUUAACUGUAUGUCAUUAAUGUAAAAUAGUUACACAAGGCAAAGUGAUUAAAGGUUAAUAUGACGAAUGGAAUACCACGCCAUCUAUGUAAAAAUUUUAAUUUCGUUUGUCGUCUCGCAUUUUUUGAUAGUAAAAGCUAUAAAUGAAAAGCUGUUAAUUUUUUUGAAAAAAAGCUACAUUCGACGUUACUGAUACUAAUUUGUGUUUUGUUAAAGCAAAUUUUUUUUUUUUUCAUAAUCUAUCUUCAAAUAAUAUUAUGAUAUUUUUAAAUAACAUUUAACUUGGUGAGUUUGUAUAAAACAAUCAUUAAUACACUGUGAUUCAACAUGAAAGUACUUUAAUCAUGCUUUUAACAAUUAAUCAUUUAUUGUUAUUAGCUGUGUGGCUUCCCCGUGGUUGUUCAACCUGUUUAUGGACAGUUGUUUGGAAAAUUUGAAAGUAGAAGAAUGCGGGUUAAGAAUGGGUGAGUUAACCGUCAAAUGCCUUUUGUACGCCGAUGAUCAAGUCAUACUUGCGUCGUCGGCAGCCGAGUUGCAAAUGAUGGUUACAUUAAUGAACAGGACAUUAAAAGAAAAGGGAAUGAAAGUGAACGCAAGUAAGACGAAAGUUAUGGUUUUUGAAAGAGAAGAAAGUAAAACGAUAUGUGAAAUAAGAAUAGAAGGGGAGUUGGUAGAGCAAGUAGAUGAGUUUAUAUAUUUGGGAUGUGUGUUUAGCAGGGAUGGUAGAUAUGAUAAGGAUAUAGAACGACGAGUGAAUGCAGGAAAUAGAGUGAAUGGGGCUCUACACUCUAUUGUGAAAAGUCAGAAUGUGUCCAAAAAGGCACGUAUGGCAAUUCACAAUGCUGUGUUAGUACCUACUUUAAUGUAUGGUAGUGAAAGUUGGGUGUGGCAGAAGAAGCAUGAGAGUAGAAUAAAUGCUGUAGAAAUGCGGUCAUUAAGGAGUAUGUUAGGGAUGAAGCUGAAUGACAGAGUGAGAAAUUGUUUAAUAAGAGAAGAGUGUGGUUUGCAAGAUGAUGUUGUGACCAGGAUUAAGAAAGGAAUGCUUCGGUGGUUUGGCCAUGUAGAAAGAAUGAAUGAGGAAAGAGUGACAAAGCAAAUUUAUGUUGCAGAGGUGAACGGCAUAGUCGGGAAGGGUCGCCCUAGGCGAAAGUUUAUCGACCAAAUUGGCGAUAUAUUAAAAAUGGGCCAAAUCAAGAGUACCUUUAACCGACGAGCGUGUAUGCGUAGGUAUAUGGAUGUGGAGGAAGCGAGAGAGGUGUGUCAGGAUCGUGCCAAAUGGAAGUCCAUAAUCUCUGCCUACCCCUCUGGGUGACAGGCGUGAGUGUUUAUGUAUAUGUAUAUGUAUUAUGUAUAUAUGUAUGUUAUUACAAUCGGUCAAUAAAUUUUUCAUUUAAAUAACUUAAUAAAAACAUCAUUAUCUGGAGUUAAGAAACUAUUCGUAUUCAAUGACUUGAAUACAGGUCUAUAAACUAGCCGUUAGGUUUCCUGGGUCAAAAUUGCUACUGGGAUUCUACGAUUUAGUAAUUAUCUUUUUUUAUAGAAGUAAAAGACACACUGACUGCCUAAACGAGCACACAAUUCACUUGAUGGUAGAAUGGAUGCUGUGGCCUAUAAACGCCCGCAUUUAUCCUCAAUUAAGAAUCGAAACGCAGAUGCGUUGGUCCCAUUGAUGACUACAGAUGGAAUAUCACGUACCAGUAAAAAGCGUCUCUGGUUCUCGUCUCUCGCCAUACUAAACAGCGUUGCUCGUUGCUGCUAUUCCUUCAGUCUUUAAACUAGGUUACAUGUCUACUUUUAAUGAACAUCUAAUAAUGUAUUCUACUAAGUUCUCUAACAUUGGUAUAGUUUGCUAGAGAGUGGUGGCGGCUUCAGAUAUUCAUUAUCACAUUUAGUCCCGUGAAUGCAAGACUCAAGAGAAACAUGGUAUGUCGGUGCACUUUACCAUCUGCCGCUGCUUCACUACUUAGUAUCUGGUGGGAUAGACAAGCACUGGCUUAUAAUAGU